AUGAGUGUUUUCUAAAAUGCUUUGAUGUUUGCCUCUUUGGCAUACAGUGUCUUAUAUGACAUUAGAUUUUUAGCAUUAUUUGGACUCUUUUUAGGUUUCAACAUUUUCAUGUAUCUUGCUAUUCCAAAAGGUAAAAACUGCAAUAGCACUAGAAGAAAGAUAAUGUGUGCUACUUGGGAAGAACCUAAAGAAGGCUGCAUCUAUAUCAGGCACGAAAUAGAUUGCACUAAAGUUUAAGAAUUAAUUAAAAACUACAAGGGUGAAGAUGAUGUGAAACCAACUCUUACUCAUUUUGGUAUUAAGGCUGUUGCUUAGAUACUUAAUGCUUCUAGACUCUCUGUAAAUGGAAAAUUCUUGUUUGGAAAGUAUAUUCCCUUCAAAACUGUUGAUGUUACAUGCUUAGUUGAUAUUGAUGGUGGCAAGGAUUUAGCUGCAGUGACAAUCAAGAGUUGUGAUGAAAAGAAUGUUAUUGAUAUAGCUAAAUUUAUUAAGGACAAAGGUGCAAAAAUUAAGAAGAAUAAUGGAGAUGAGGAACACAAAAAGCGUAUUGGAGCUGCAUAAUUCCUUCCUCCCUUUAUUAUCAGUGUUUGUCUCUAACUUACUAAGUAUAUAACUUACUAUCUUGGUAUGGAUGCUCCUGCUUUUGGCAUCAAGAAAGACAAUUUUGGUGGAGCUACAGUCACUUCUAUUGGUAUGCUUGGUAUUGAAGAUGCCUACGUUCCCCACUGCAAUUUCAUGAACUGUCCAGUUUUUGUUGCACUCGGUAAGUGUGUUGAUAAGCCUGUUGUUAGAGAUGGAAAGAUUGUUAUUGCUCCCGUAAUGAAUAUUAACUUUACAGUUGAUCACAGAUUUAUCGAUGGAGGUAAGGCUAAAGCUUUGAAUACAAGCUUCAAAGAAGUCUAUGAACAUCCUGAGAAGUUCUUUGACUGUGAAUAACCUAAAUAUGAAGAAAAAAAAUAAAAUUGA